ACACUCUUAUUUCUCUUAUGGUUGGCAGUCGCUAACAUUUGAACUUCCUAGAAGAGAGAUAAAAAGUGUCUUAGAAGACUGGUGAUAUUGUCAUCCUCCAAAUGGGUUGGUAUACCUCAAACACAAAAACAUUUGCAGGGGUGAAGGAGUGGAUCUUCAGAGUGACUGGCUUCCUUUGCAGCCUAUUAUCUUCGGGGUUUGGAAUCAUCCUUGCAAACAGCAGAUAUUGGUGCCUCUGGGAAUUUGAUGAUAACGUUGUCCAGCUUGUUUACAUUGGACUCUGGGAAGCUUAUUACCAUUGGGAAUUUAACUUCUCUGGUACUGAGACCAUAAUUAUGGUACACAGCCCUGUCAACUCUACCUGGACAAUUUCACCUGAAUUUCGAUGUGCACGGAACCUCAUAUUACUGACCAUGUUGAUAAAACCUGUUGUUGUCAUUUUUAGCUCAGCAGCCAUUAAGGUCAGCAUAAUUAAAGCCUCAGUCCCUAAGAUUCAGAUAGUGUGUUACAAGUGCUCUGUCUUAAUUCUGAUAGCCAGUAGCAUUUGUACCAUUAUUUCUGUGACCUGGAACCAUGUAGUUGAUCUCUAUGGCAAAACCACCCUUGACUUUCCACCAACUUUUCCAGUUAAGAAUGAAGCUCUGAUUAUAAAACACAGCACUCAUGUGUUUCCAAUUGGGAUCCUGACAACCACCCUAUCACUCAUUGGAGUGAUUAUGUUCCUCUUUGAGAUCAGGUCAUUGAAAGUUCAGAGUAAGCUGAAUGCCCAGCAUGCUUCUAAACAGGUCGAUGACAGGUCCAUCUGGUGUUUGCAAAAUGUGCCAGGAGACUCCCUGACAAAAUUUCCUACACCCUUGCAGCACUCCUGUAAUUAUUUUCUCAUUUAAAAUAAAAUAUCACAUUGAUUUUC